AUGUCAUUGCGGCGACGGUCAGGUCCCGCUGCAGAGCGGUUCCUCUUGCAGCAGGAGCUCCUGUCUCCACUUUUUGAGGAAACUCGUGUGCGAUUUCGCUUUCUUACCCUCGAGGAAGAAACGGCCAUCCGCGUGCGAAAUGCUGUUUUCACGAGCAGCGGUAUCGCGGCGCUGCUGGUGGCGUGCCUGCUGAGCGCAAGCGGGGCGAACUUCGCAAAGGCGCAAUCCGACUGGGCGUCGCAGCUUGUGCAGGAUGAUUUUGAGCCGACUGAAGACACAGCCGCGCAAGCCCCCCCCGGGGAGCCCGACUGGGAGGCGCAGAUGGCAUCGAUCAUCCAGCAGGUGGCGAAUCAGACGUUCCUUUCCUCCUUUGGCCAGAUCUUCACCAGCUACUUGGAGUCGGAGCGGCUGUUCAUCGAUCAGGAUGCAACCAUCCUCAUCCCCACCAAUGUUGGCUACUGGCGCUACGAAACCCAGUGGGACACCCUCACCCUCAAGCAGAAGUGCCGGCUGCUCCGUUACCACAUUCUUAAGGGCCGUUACACCACGCAGCAGCUCCUGGACGCCGCUCCUCUCACGCUCUUCCCGACUUUCAACCAGAACCUGCCGGUAAACAAGACUCUUAAGCCGGACGAAGUGUAUUUCCAGUCGGUUCCGCCGACAAGGUUUGUGUCACCGCUGAGCGUGCCAAAUGCUGGGCUGACGGAUAAUAUUGCUGCGCAUGGGGUGACGUUGGUCCUCCAGCCGCCCAACCUCAACUAA